CAGUCAACGUGUUGAAGUCAACACAUUAAGGUUGAAUGAACCAUAAAACUAUUGUCGGACAGUCAAAGGUGUUUUCAUAAAAUUAUGUUUUUACCAAAGUCUUUUUCUCAAAUAUACUCUAUGGUAAACAUGAGUCAAGACGAAGACAAGGAAAGGAGGAACGUCAGUCAAGAAAACUGAACAACAAAGCAAAAUGGACGCGAUGGAGGUGGAUUCUUUGGGGAAAGAACAAAGUUAUGACAAUUUUGAUUGUAAUGUACAAAUUUGUCGUGUUUGUCUACUAAGUGAUCUUGACAUGCGAGACCUAUUUUCGGAAAACGAAACAAAGCCCUUGUCUGACAAGGUUAUGAGUUUCACCAAUGUAAAGAUGUACUCUGGGGAUGGAUUACCCCAAAAGGUAUGCUUUGGUUGUGUAGCCAAACUUGAGACUGCCUACGAGUUCAAAUUACAAGUGGAACAAGCUGACAAAGUGCUGCGUAGUAAAAGUGAAACAUUGGACAUUAAAGAAAAAUUCUUUAGUGAGGAGGGAGUUUCUGCUGAAGCUGACAGUGACAACGGAGUGGAUGAAAGUUAUAUGGAUGAUUCGUUUGUGGACAUGGAUGAUGAUGCUGAAAAAACUAUUGAGAAUGAAAAUUGUACGACUUUGAAAGUUUUUAAGCCAACACAUACGAAUUUUGAAGAAGUCAACUGUUUAUCAGUGGAAGAUGAUAAAAAUACACAAUGUGAUGAUAAAAAUCGAGAUGAACAAAAUACACAUAGCCUCGCUUGUGAUUUUCAACAAAACCAAAGUUCUGAAGUUGUAAAUUGUCAAGCUCAAAGAAAAGAUGGAAAAGUUUGUGGAACUGAAAAGGUGAUGGUUGAACCGGAACAAACAAUGACCCCUGCAGAAGACCCCUUAAAGUGUACUGAUAAUGAAGAAAUAUUGGUAGAACAUGGUAAUUCUCAGAAUGCUGAUAUAAAUAGUGAAACCAUUAAAAAUACAAUGGCUUAUGACCAAGACUCUGAUGAAGAAAACUAUUUCAAACAUUUGAAUCUUAGAUCGAGGUCUAAGAAAUUACCUGCUGAUAGUUCAGACCCAGAUAAAGUUUUUUUUAUAUGUUACUUUUGUGACAAACAGUUUCUUUCAAAAAAUAUAUUGAAGGAACAUAUGUAUUCUCAUGAAGAGGUUAGAAGAUCUUUAUCUCACAAAGGGACAGUGGAGAAUAAGAAAACUUUGCCUUCACCAACAGACACUACUCCUCUCAAGAUAACUCCCACUAUUAGCACACCAGUGAAAAAUAAAAUUUGUGAACAAAUUUCAAUACCAUCAGGAAAAAAGUUAAAUAAAUGCCCUCAUUGUGGAAAAGAGUACCUUUACAUCAGUUCUUACACUAAGCAUUUGAAACAACAUGAAAGUGAGAAAGAUAUAGAAAAAGAUGAUCCAAUGCCCCUAGAAAUCUUAUUCCAUGAGGAUGAAAGUAGUUUGGAUUUUGAAAAUUGUAAUCAAAAGAAAUUGAUGAAUUCAGGAUUGAAGCCUGUGGAAAAGAAAGUCACUGAAGUGAUAGAUCCAGAUGAUAAUAAAUUAGAUGAAAGAAUUGAAGAACUUGUUAUGUACGCUUGCAAAGAAUGUGAAGAUAAAUUUUUUGAGAAAAAAGACUUGUUUGUUCAUUUGUUAACACAUGACAUUAGUUUAAAAUGCAAAAUUUGUCAGGAGGAAUUUAUCUUAUUAGAUAGUUGGCAAGCUCACUGUUUUGCACAUGUCCAGGAAGGUAACCUCUCUAGCUAUGAUAAUGAGGGGGCUGAGGAUACUAAAAUAAAUUUAUUGAAGGAAAGUAAAGAUGAUGAUUAUUUUGGUUUUGUUGAUACUUCUAAAAAUGAUAACUGGACAGAAGUAAAAGAAUUAAAAUGUCCAGAAUGUCCUAUGACAUAUUCACAUAGAAGAUCAGCAUCUAGACACCUGGAAACUCAUUUAGGUAAAAAACAUCCCUGUGAAAUUUGUGGCCUGGGAUUUACAAGAAAAGACCACUUGCAAAGACACAUGGAAACACAUACAGGCACAAAAUAUCAUUGUACUGUUUGUAGCAAAGAAUUUACCAGAAAAGAUCAUUUGCAAAGGCACUUGAAACAACAUCCUAAAGUAGUACCAUAUAGAUGCACUCAAUGUAAUAAAAGUUUUGGAAACAAAUUGACUUUGAAAAACCAUUUAAAAGUUUCAAAUCAUAAAACUGCUAGUUUUGAGCCAGAUUUUGAAUCAAACACACGUUCUAUGAGAGUUGCAGCAAAAGCGGCCAAAGAGUUUAUUGAUUUAAUUAGUGUAGAAUUGCAGGGUGAUUUUGUUAACGAUGACGAUGACGAUGAUGAACUGUGGACAGCCUCUGGAGAAAGUCAUUCCCGUAAAGAAGAAGGAAAAUUAAAGAAGUCUAAUGUCAGGAAUGAAUCAGAAAAUACAACUAAAAGCCGCAAUGUACUUCAGACAAAUCACAAGAAACAAUUGGAAAGCAGAACUAAACGAAAGACCCCAAGUGAUAUUGAUAAAGAAGAAAUAAAAAAUGAAAAAGAUGUUGAAAAUGACAACUCUGACUACGAAAGUGGUUUUGAUAUGUCAAUGAAUACGUAUGAAUGUUCAACCUGUAACAAGAGUUAUAGCACUAAAAAAUCACUAAUGCGACAUCAAUUAGUACAUGAAGAACCAAACUUUCAAUGUGAUAUUUGUGGUCUCAAAAUUUAUCGAAAAGAUAAAUUCAAUGAACACUACGAAAAAUGCUGUGGGAAGAACCCGGAUAAAGUCACAAAAUGUAAUAUUUGUGGGGACAGUUUUGAUAAUAAUGAUUUACUAAGAGAGCAUAAGUCGACUCAUGUAGCUGAGGGAGUCCUUUCAGAGGAAGAUCUCAAAAGUAUUGAAAUUAAAGUAGAAGAUAAAAUAUCGGAUGUUAAAGUAAUCAGAAAGAGAAGAACAGAUAUUGUGGGUUUGAAAUGCCCAGAAUGCAACAAACAGUACAACACAAGAAAAAAUCUUUUGAGACAUGUUCAAAUACACAAAGACAAACAGUUUUCUUGUAAUAUUUGUCCCAAAAAGUUUUUCAGGCGAGAGCAUUUAAAAGUUCAUUUAGCAAAACACAAAAUUGUAAAGCCAUACGCAUGUGAAAUAUGUUCAAAACGAUUUGUGAAAGAAGAGCAACUGGCUAAUCAUAUGUCUAGGCACGAUGGAUUCCCUAAAAAGUCAAAGAACACGAAUGGCUUAAAAAGAUUUCUCUGUGAAAUAUGCUCCAAAACAUUCACACAGUCAACCACUUUAGUCGCCCAUCUUCAGAGCGCAUAGAGGAAUUAAGCCUUAUGUUUGCAAAGAGUGCUCUAGACCUUUUACCACAAAAGCUUAUUUGCGAAUGCACAUGAGGACGCACACAAAAGAACGUCCUUAUAUUUGUCAGUAUUGUUCUAAAGCCUUUGCCAGAGCAGACACUCUCGCGA